GUGCACCAGUGCACGGGGUGGCCGGUAGUUUGAGACGCCGGAGACCCCGCUGUAUCCCCGGGGAGCGGAGCUGCAGUCCCCCGCUGAGCUCUCCCUCGCCUCGGCCGUGUUUUCCGGCGGUGUUGGGGGGUGUUUGGAGUUUGUGCGGGUAGUUAAGGGUUUUUAUAAAGUUCUCCGGGUGUUUGAGGAGCGGUUCGUGGUGGAGUUGGGGGGUUUGGAGCGGGUGAAGAAGCGCUGGGCAGGGUUUCCACUGGAGAGAAGUGUGGAAGAUGGCGGUCUGGAUGCUGAGAGGAGCCGGAGCCGGAGCGGCGCUGCGGCUGUUUUCGGGCAGAUAGCGGGCUGGAAACUGCGGGGGAAUGCUCGGGUUGUGAUUAUUUCUCUUGCCGGGAAUGGUGGGCUUCUUUUCAGGUGGGAUUUUCCACCGUUUAGCCUGCAGAGACUUCAGGAGAGGCUGUUUUAUGAGCGGGACUUUGCUGGGCUAGCCGUCCGGUAACGUUGCUAGCUAGUGGACUAGAGCUACGGGGGUCUGGGAAAAAGAAGGAAAACAACGCUAAAAGUGCGUAAAAAUGUCGGAUACUAAGGUAAAAGUCGCGGUGAGAGUUCGCCCAAUGAACCGGAGAGAGAUUGAGCUCAGCACGAAAUGUGUGCUGGAAAUGGAAGAAAACCAGACAAUCCUUCACCCGCCGCCUUCAAACGCGAAAGGAGACAGCAGGAAACAGUCGAAGGUGUUCGCCUUUGACCACUGCUUCUGGUCUAUGGACGAGUCCAACGUCCCCAAAUACGCAGGACAGGAAGUGGUGUUUAAGUGCCUUGGGGAGGGAAUCCUUCAAAAUGCGUUUCAAGGAUACAACGCCUGCAUUUUCGCCUACGGACAGACAGGUUCUGGGAAGUCGUACUCGAUGAUGGGCAGUGUGGAUCAGCCUGGGUUAAUCCCGCGGCUCUGCUGCUCUCUGUUUGAGAGGGUGGGCCGCGAGGGGAACGAAACGCACUCCUUUAAGGUGGAAGUUUCCUACAUGGAGAUUUACAACGAGAAAGUGCGCGACCUUCUGGAUCCCAAAGGGAACAGACAGUCUCUGAAGGUGCGGGAGCAUAAGGUGCUCGGGCCGUAUGUGGACGGUCUGUCUCAGCUCGCCGUCACCAGCUUCGAGGAUAUUGAGAGUCUGAUGUCGGAGGGGAAUAAAUCUCGGACGGUUGCGGCGACGAAUAUGAACGAGGAGAGCAGCCGCUCACACGCCGUCUUCAGCAUCAUCAUCACCCAGACCCUAUACGACCCGCAGUCCGGGAACUCAGGUGAGAAGGUGAGUAAGGUGAGUUUGGUGGAUCUGGCGGGGAGUGAACGAGUGUCUAAGACCGGAGCAGCAGGAGAGAGACUGAAGGAGGGCAGCAACAUCAACAAGUCUCUGACGACGCUGGGCUGUGUGAUCUCGGCGCUGGCGGAUCAGUCCGCGGGAAAAGGCAAAAACAAGUUCGUCCCGUACAGAGACUCAGUACUGACCUGGCUACUGAAGGAUAAUCUGGGUGGGAACAGUAAGACGGCGAUGAUCGCUACAGUGAGUCCUGCAGCAGAUAACUAUGAAGAAACUCUGUCCACCCUGCGCUACGCCGACCGAGCUAAACGCAUCGUAAACCACGCCGUCGUCAACGAGGACCCCAACGCUCGCAUCAUCCGAGAGCUGCGGGAGGAGGUGGAGAAACUGAAGGAGCAGCUCUCGCAGGCGGAGUCUCUGAAAGCUCCGGAGCUGCAGGAGAAGCUGCAGGAGUCGGAGAAGCUCAUCCAGGAAAUGACCGUCACCUGGGAGGAGAAGCUCAGGAAGACCGAGGAGAUCGCACAGGAGAGGCAGAAGCAGUUGGAGAGUAUGGGAAUUUCUCUGGAAUCCUCAGGGAUUAAAGUGGGGGAGGAUAAGUGCUUCCUGGUCAACCUGAAUGCUGACCCCGCCCUCAACGAGCUGCUGGUCUAUUACCUGAAGGAGCACACGCUUGUGGGAGCAGAUACGUCUCAGGAUAUCCAGCUGUUUGGGAUUGGGAUCCAGCCGGAGCACUGUGUGAUAGACAUCGCUGCAGACGGAGACGUCACACUCUCACCUGUAGAGAACGCCAGAACCUGUGUGAACGGAAUGAUUGCGUACUCUCUGGUUCACCUUUGGCACGGAGACCGGAUCUUAUGGGGCAAUAAUCAUUUCUUCAGAGUGAAUCUGCCGAAGAGGAAGCGGCGGGACCGGUUAAAGGAUCUGGAUCGGGAGUCUCCGCGGGAGAGCUUCGUGGAGGUGGACGUGGAGACGGCGAGCGAAGCUUCGUCUGAGCAGGACUACAGCUAUGAGUUCGCCCAGAUGGAGGUGAUGAUGAAGACGCUGGGGAGCAACGACCCGAUGCAGAACGUGGUGCAGGUUCUGGAGAAGCAGUAUCUGGAGGAGAAGCGAACGGCUCUGGAGGAGCAGAAGCUGCGGUACGAGCGGGAGCUGGACCUCCUCCGGCAGCAGCUCUCCCCGGAGAGACCUUCCCAACACCAGCGCAGCAACAGCCUGGCCUUCCCCACACACUCCACACACAGCAAGCUCCGCCUCUGGACCGAGGAGAGGGACGAGUUAUUCAGGCAGAGUUUGUCUCGGCUGAGGGAGCAGGUGGUCCGGGCUAACACUCUAGUCAGGGAGGCCAACUUCCUGUCAGAGGAGAUGGGUAAACUGACGGAUUAUCAGGUCACCUUACAGAUCCCCGCCGCCAACCUGAGCGCCAACCGCAAGCGCGGAGCCAUCGUCAGUGAACCAGCUAUUCAGGUGCGUCGCAAAAGCAAAGGCACGCAGGUGUGGACCAUCGAGAAGCUGGAGAACAAGCUGGUGGACAUGAGGGACCAUUACAGAGAGUGGAAGGAGGGAACACAGGACGGGUGUGUGAAGCUUCACAGUAAGCAGAGUGAUCCGUUCUAUGAAGCUCAGGAGAACCACAACCUCAUCGGCGUCGCCAACGUCUUCCUGGAGUGCCUUUUCCACGACGUCAAGCUUCAGUAUGCAGUUCCCAUUAUCAGCCAGCAGGGGGAGGUAGCAGGUAGGCUGCACGUGGAGCUGAUGCGUAUAAGUGGGCCGGUUCCCGAGCGGCUGGUGGGCGGAGACGACUCGUCGGAGAACUCGAGUGAGAGCGGCAGUUACGAGGUCAUGGACACCAACGGAGAGAUCGUCCACAUGGCCAAGAAGCUCACCUGCAGGGUGAGGAUACGGGAGGCGACUGGGCUGCCGUUAAAUCUGUCUAAUUUCGUCUUCUGCCAGUACACCUUCUGGGAGCAGGCGGAGCCGGCUGUGGCCCCGCCCAUGGUCAGCCCGGAUAAACCCUCCAACCGCAGCACAGACACUCAGUUCACUGUACGGUUCGACCACUGCAAGGACUUUGUAGUUCAGGUCACCGAGGAGUUCCUGGAGUUCAUCUCAGACGGAGCGCUGGCCAUCGAGGUGUGGGGUCACCGGUGCGCUGGAAACGGAAGCUCACACUGGGAACUGGACACACUGCAGGCCAAAUCACGCACCCUCCGAGACAGGUGGAGUGAAGUAUCUCGUAGGAUCGAGUUGUGGGUCUCCAUCCAGGAGCUGAAUGAACAGGGAGUGUAUUCACCUGUGGAGCUCCACCCCAACAGAGAGGCCAGCACUGGAGGAGUGUUCCAGCUCCGACAGGGUCACUCUCGGAGGCUGCAGGUGUGUGUGAAGCCGGCGCAGCAGUCUGGAACUCUGCCUCUGCUGGUUGAGGCCGUUCUCUCCGUCUCUAUCGGCUGUGUCUCCGCCCGCUCCACCAAACUGCAGAGACCACUGGACAGCUACCAGAAGGAGGAGGAUGACGAUAUGGAUAGUUAUCAGGAGGAGGAUUUGAACUGUUUACGGGAGCGCUGGUCCGACGCCCUCAUCAAACGCCGCGAGUAUCUGGACGAACAGAUCAAGAAGAUCAUCAAUAAAUCAGAGAAGUCAGAGGAGGAUGUGGAGAGGGAGGCGCGGUUAGUAGAGCAGUGGGUGGGGCUUACGGAGGAGAGAAACGCAGUGCUGGUUCCAGCGCCGGGCAGCGGCAUCCCCGGAGCUCCAGCACAGUGGACGCCCUCUGCUGGAAUGGAGGCUCAUAUCCCUGUUCUGUUUCUGGAUCUUAAUGCUGAUAAUCUAACAGUGAGUGAACAGCUGACCGGUCCUCACGCUGCAGGAAUUAACUCUAUACUGCCCAAAGAGCACGGCAGCCAGUUCUUCUACCUGCCCAUCAUCAGACACAGUGAUGACGAGGUAAGUGCGACCUGUUCCUGGGAUUCCUCCAUCCACGACUCCAUCUACCUGAACCGCGUGACGGCCCCCACCGAGCGCAUCUACCUGAUCAUUAAAGCCACGGUGCAGCUCAGCCACCCCGCCUCCAUGGAGCUCGUCCUGCGCAAGAGAAUCGCCGUCAACAUCUACAACAAACAGAGCUUCACGCAGAGUCUGAAGAGGAGGAUGUCUCUGAAGAACGUUCUGCACUCCUGUGGGGUCACUUACGAAAUCGUCUCCAACAUACCGAAGGCGUCGGAGGAGCCGGAGGAGAGGGAGACGCUGGCGUUGAUGGCGGCUCGAGGGGAGGUGGAGGAGACGCAGGACGGAGAGACUUACAUCGAGAAAUACACCAGAGGAGUUCUAGAGGUGGCAAAUAUCCUGUGCCUCGAGAGACUGCGGCAGGCGGUGACGGUGAAAGAAGCUAUUUCUGCUAAAAGUAAACACAUCCGGAGAAGCCUGAGCACCCCCAACGUCCAGCACACGUCGUGCUGUAAGUCGGAUGGGACAGGCUGUGAGGAUGAAGAUCUGAAGGGUCAGUGUGAGGUCCAGCAGGAGGUUCCAGACUCUCCGUUCCACGAGGCUUUUGCUGCAGCUCCGGGGAAAGACACGCCAAUCAAAAACAAGGAAAAUCACGGGUGUGUUCCAGAGAGCCCCACCUUCUUCAGCUCCAGCCCGUUUAAAGCCCUCUCCCCCCAGCCGCCCAAAUUCCUCAAGUCCCUGAUGCCGGUGAGGGAGGAGAGCAAAGCCAAGCGCUCGCUGGAGGCACGCCCCCUGCUGGGACAGGAGAGCAUGCGCUGGUUAGUGGAAGGCUCUGUGUUGCCCCGCCCCCGGGCACGGAGUGAAGGCCACAGCAGCAUCGCAAACCACACCCCCCUCAGGGUCACACCAACACACACUGCUGAUUCGGAGGAGGAGGAGCCUGAGCCGCACCCUGAAGCACUGGAUCAUCCUCGCCUGGGCUCUCUUCCGAACUUCCAGCCGUACGUUCCUGAAGACUUCGCCAACUUCGAGGUGUACAACGCCAGCCUGGAGACCCAAGAGCCCUCCUCCCUCUGUGGGGGCGUGGCCUCUUGUCCAGGUAACAAGGGGGCGGAGAAAGAGGUGUCCCGUAGCCCCACCUCCAGCAGCUGCACCAGUGGCUACUUCUCUCACAGCGCCUCCAACGCCACGCUGUCGGACGCUCCGUUCGCAGGCAGCGACAGCUCCGACCAGCUGAGCUCCGGCUCCAGGGACCCGGCGGAGCCGCCACCCAGCAACCACUGCACUGGUGAGAGCGGGCACUGCCAGCCUGGCACGACCCACUCCUCCCAGAACUGCUCGCCCAACCGGUCCAACCAGUGCUGCGUCCUCAGCGUCAGCCAGGAGUUCACCGACUUCAAAGGAGCUGGAGAUGGUCUGGGCUUCAGCUUCGAUUCUGUUUGGCAGGCGGACCAAUCAAACUCCAGUACCGCACCAGCCAACGACCAAGAGCAACCACCGCCACCGUGCCACCUCCACAAUGGUAAAGACUCCCCCACCUCAUCCUCAUCCUCCAGCACCACGCCCACCCACCCUGAAGACCACAGCCCAGAAGAUGAAGAUCACCUGACCGAGAAGACCGGUAAGACCGCGGGGCCGCCCUGCUCCCCAGCUCCCGAGGACGGGGACGAGGGGGCGCCGACGGUCCAGCUCCCGGACUGGAUGGCCCCCGGGGAGCAGGUGUGGGUGGGCCCCCAGAGUGGGACGGUGCACUACGUGGGCGGGGUGGAGUUCGCUCAGGGCAUCUGGGUAGGAGUGGAGCUGGACCGCGCUGUAGGUAAACACAACGGCACGGUUCAGGGCCGGGUGUAUUUCCGCUGUGCUUCGGGUCACGGUGUGUUCACCAGGCCGGCGUGGCUCAGCAGAGUUCCUCCAGCCGAGGACGUGGAUCCAUCACCUCCACAGCCUGUUCUGAUUUAGAGCUACAAUACACUCUCUGAUUAACGAGGGAAAGGAGAGGCUAACCCCCCAACCCAACCCCCGGGUUAUGGACAGCAGAAUUCAGCAUCCGGUUUAAAACCGUGGAGAAGGAAAUUGGAUUCACUGUGUCCUUUAUUCUCUCUCUUUCUCUCCAUCCUUUUUUCUCUCCAUGGACAAAUCUGUGUAUUUUUAGCUAUAGAACUGUUCAAGCAUCCUCCUCCUCCUCUUCCUCCUCGAA